GCGCCGUCCCCGAGCGGCCGCGAUUUUCACUCAACAACAAAGCACAGCAAAAAUAAAAAAAAAUAAAAUAUAAAAAAAAAAAUUGUUAUAAAAUUAGCGCUAUGUAAAAACGGAAAGUCAAAUCAACUUGGAGAACUGCGCCGGCACAGUUGUUGCCAAUUCUUGCUGCAGCAAUAUAUAGUCGAGGAAUACACAGCAUUGCUGACCAUGCCCACAACGCAGCCGCCGCCCAAUCGUCGCCAGCUGCUGCGCAGCAUUGAAAGCUUACGCGGACGCGUUUGUCAAAUAUUAAAUUGUGUUAUUAAUUUGCACAUUGAAUUUUUGGUGCUCGAAUCGAACGUGGCCGCAUUGCUGGAUGAGGUGAGAUGCCUGAACGAUGACUACGCUGAGGCGCAGCGCUUGGAUACGCUGAUCGCGGCGUUGCGGGACUACAAUGGACCCACCAUUUGCCACGAGUGGCCAUAUCCUUUGAUUUUUAAGGGCACAAUCGACGAGGCACACGUCGCACAAAUACUCAACACAACGGAACUGGUUCCGGAACCAGCACCAGCAGUAGCCAGUGCCAAGGAUGAGCUAUUGAAGCAGUCUGAAAUGGAAGCGAGCGAGAUGGCUGGCUUGGGCAGGCGUUCCAAAAUGUGGCGGUUCACUCGAACUAGAUCAGCGGCGCGAAAAGCAAAAGGAACUAGUAUAAGCUGAUGAACCGUUGAGAAAUACUAAUGCAAUUACUAAGUGCCAGCGAGACGAUAAUCAAAAGCAUGACAGUUCACUAGAACUAGAUCAGCUGCGCGAAUAGAAAUGGGAACUAGUCUUAGCUGAUUGAGAGGUUUGUUCCCUUAUAUUUAUAUAAGUCUGUUUAGCUUACUUUCUUUAUAUUCUAUGCCAAGGAAUACCAAAAAUAUAUGUUAAUGCUUAAGCGAUAAAUGUCAAGCUAAUGUGUUGGCGGUUUCUAUUGCUGUGCGUUUAAUUGACUGCGGUCAAUCGGCAAGCUUUGACCACGAGACAUUGAUGGCAGCUACUAUGUGGGGGGUGGAGGGCCUACCUCUGCCCACGUGGUGCGUAACCACAGGCGUCGCAUUCAAGAUUUUUGCGGCGCUGACGGAAGCAGACAUUGCUUUUGACAUGAGACUGUGGCUUAAAUUGAGAUACAGCCUGUUUACACAAAGAAAACAUAGCCACAGUCUCCGCCGCCUCAACACGAAGUGGAGAACCGCAACAGGUUGCCGCAUCUAAUUAAAAUAACCCCCUUUGUAAAAGGAGCCGUAGCUCUGAAUAGGCGAAAGUGAAAAGUAGAAAGCACCACAGCUC